AAGUAAAAGCCUCGGCCAUUACUGAUUACAUCAAACAAAGUUCUUUGGAAGGUUUAAGGUGCUAAAAUAGUCCGGGUCUUGUAGUGCUUCCAUGCUUGACAAGGCUGUCAGCUGCUCUGUGUUUCAUAUGAGUAUGUUCUAUGCAGGCAGGUGAAGCUAGUACUCAGGUUUAGUUCCAUUCCGGUUCGGUUCUUAAAGUCCCUUCAAAAUUUUGCUUUAUUAGUCUUCCUCCAUUCCCUUUUUUCCCGCUCUCUUCUUCUUUUUUUCUUUUCAGGAACGAAACAUCAAAAAUGAAAUGAAGGAGUUUCACUAUAGAAAUAUCUCUCUCUAUGAUUUUCAAGCUUCCAUGGCACAUAAUUAUCCGAACCCCUUUUCUGUCUCUAAAACUGGUCCGUUACAUGUCGUGCGAAGAAAAUCUCGUUAUACAAACCAUGAAUUCUCUGUACCAAGACUUCUCCACAGAAAAAUCUUAUAUGAGGUACUCCCAAAGUCUCUCAGAAGCCAUGAAAAUAUGUGGAAAGCAACGGUCAAUAUUAAAUGCUAAAAAACUCCAUGGUCAUUUGAUAUCUACUGGUUUCAUAUCUUCAGUUUUUCUGCAGAACCAUCUUCUUAAUAUGUACUCAAAUUGUGGUUUAAUUGAAGAUUCUUCCCGGGUUUUCAAUGAAAUUGAGAAUCCAAAUGUUUUUAGUUGGAACACAAUGAUUAAUGGGUUGUCAGAUUUGGGUAUGAUAGAGAAAGCUAGACAACUGUUCGAUGAAAUGCCGGAAAGAGAUUGUGUUUCCUGGAAUACUAUGAUGUCUUGUUAUUUUCAAAAUGGGAAAGUUGAAGAAACCAUUAAGGUAUUCUUUAUAAUGUUUAAGGAUUAUAUCUAUUGUCCCGAUUUGUAUUCGUUUUCGUAUGUGAUUAAGGCUUGUGGCAGUCUCCGAUUGUUGAAACUAGGUUUGGUGUUGCAUUGCCUUGUUGAGAAAUUUUCAUAUGGCAAAGACCCAUUUAUUCAAGUGUCUAUUCUUGACAUGUAUGUUAAGUGUAAAGCUGUGGAUUUAGCUGAUAAAGUCUUUAGGCGGAUUCAGAGUCCGAGUUUGUUUUGUUGGAAUAAUAUGGUUUAUGGUUAUUCAAAAGCAUACGGAGUAGGACGAGCAAUUGAAUUAUUCGAACAAAUGCCUGAACGUGACACUGUGUCAUGGAACACUAUCAUUUCGAUCUUAUCACAACAUGGGUUCGGAGUAAAAACUCUUUCUAUGUUUAUGGAGAUGUGUUCUCAUGGAUGUGAACCAAAUUCUGUGACUUAUGCUAGUGUUCUUAGCUCAUGCGCAAGCAUUUUUGAUGUGCAAUGGGGUAGACAUAUCCAUGCUCGGAUUGUUAGAUCUGAACCAAGUCUGGAUGUUUUUGUAGGUAGCAGUCUGAUUGAUAUGUAUGCGAAAUUUGGACAUUUGGAAACUGCAAAGAGAGUGUUUAGUAACUUACCAGAAAGAAACACAGUAUCCUGGACUUCUCUAAUUGGAGGUUUUGCUCAGUUCGGAUUUGAAGAAGAAGCUUUAGUAUUAUUUGAUCAAAUGAGAAAGGUAGCAGUGGCCUCGGAUCAGUUUACAGUUGCUACUGUACUAGGAGUCUGUUCAAGUAGAAAAUAUACCUGUUUUGGAACUCAGCUCCAUGCUCAUUCAAUCAAGAUAGGACUUGACUAUGCCAUUCCUGUAAGUAAUGCUCUUGUUACAAUGUAUUUUAAGUGCGACAACAUUCAGAUGGCCAAUCAUGUUUUCAGGCACAUGCCUCUUAGGGAUAUAAUAUCAUGGACAGCAAUGAUCAGUGCAUAUUCUCAGAAAGGCGACAUUGGAAGUGCGCAUGAAUAUUUUGACAAGAUGCCACAGAGAAAUGUUAUAACAUGGAACUCAAUGUUAGCUGCAUAUAUACAACAUGGGCACUGGGAAGAAGGUCUGAAGCUGUACAAGGUGAUGUUACUGCAAGAUAGUGUAAUGCCUGAUUGGGUAACUUUCUCAACUUUAUUCGGUGCAUGUAAUGAUUUUGCAUCAUUGCGACUCGGCAACCAAAUUAUUGCUCAAGCUGUGAAAAGUGGGUUUGAUUCUGAUGUCUCUGUUGCAAAUGGUAUCGUCACCAUGUAUUCUAAAUGUGGACAGUUCGAGAAAGCACGAAAGGUAUUUGAUUCGAUUGUUUAUAAGGAUCUGGUUUCUUGGAAUGCAAUGAUCACAUCAUACGCUCUAAAUGGUCAAGGAAAAAGUGCGGUUCAAAUUUUCGAAAAUAUGUUAACAUCAGGUGUCAUCCCAGAUCACAUAAGUUACAUUGGUUUGCUGUCAGGUUGUAGCCAUUCAGGACUUGUAUCAGAAGGGAAAUAUUACUUUAAUUCUAUGACCAAAAAUCAUGGUAUCUUGCGGAGUUCUGAACACUAUACAUGUAUAGUUGAUUUACUUGGAAGAGCGGGGUUUUUAGAGGAGGCCAAGAAAGUAAUCGAAGAGAUGCCUAUUCAACCAGAUUCAGCUGUUUGGGUUGCUCUACUUAGCGCUUGUUGUACCCACGGUGAUUCAAAGCUAGCAGAGUAUGCGGUCAAACAUUUGCAAGAGUUGGAUUUGAAGAAUUCUGGUAGUUAUGUGUUGCUAGCUAACGUCUACGCAGAAACAGGUGACUUGAAUGGUGUGGUGAAGGUGAGAGCAAUGAUGAGAGACAGAGGAAUCCGUAAGAAUCCAGGGUGUAGCUGGAUUGAAGUGGGAAACACAGUGCAUGUGUUUACAGCAGAUGACGCAAGCCACCCACAAAUUAACGAGGUUCAUAGGAUGGUGGAGGAGGUUCUUAAGAAGAUCGAGGAUACAGGCAAGUAUGUGAAAGAAUACAGUUCUUCUCGAUAUCGAGGCUGUCACAGUGAGAAGCUUGCAGUAGCUUUUGGACUAAUACAUCUUCCUUCUUGGAUGCCAAUACAUGUGAUGAAGAACCUUAGGAUUUGUUCUGAUUGUCACAGUGUCAUAAAGCUGGCAUCUCUUGUUACUGCUAGAGAAUUGGUUGUCCGAGAUGCAAAUCGUUUCCAUCAUUUCAGAAAUGGAACCUGUUCUUGUGAAGAUUACUGGUAACACCGGGUGGAGACAUUCUUGUAACAGCAACUAUAUCUUCAUACAGUGGCCAGCCAAAACAUUUCGUUGCCCAUGGAUUUGUAAGGACUGAUUGAAACUGAUCUAUUAAACAAACUUCAGGUUAGUUCGUUAGCAGAAAAAUGAAAGCCUUUUGGGUUAUUUCAUCCAGAGUUCAGUGAAGCAAUACCAUAAUUCUUGAAUGAAGACCGCAAAGCAUUUUUCCCUUCAGCAGGGGCUUUAAAUGAGUUUCUG